UGGCGUCAGAGAGGGGCGAGUUAGGGCGCUGGUAACGGUCACCCCGGAGAGCGAUCGAGAGCGGCCAUGUCCCGACCCACAGCACAACAGGUGAGCUGACAAGAUGUGGAGCAGCAAAUCUAAGAAUGCGUCCCUGCUAAACCCGGGACUGAUGCAGAAUCAGAAUACAAGGCAAGAUUUGGCCUCAGCAUGGGAUACAGUCCACCAGACCAAAGCUGCUUUGCGCCAUAUAGAGAACAGGCUGGAAGCUGUGCCCACCAGCACUGCAGUGUUAGACACGGUGAUGGAUACUAAGAAGGCUUCGAGCAGUGCUACCAGAAAAAUCAGCCGGAAGGAUGGAAGGUACCUGGAGGAUUCUGCAGCUAGUGCUUCAGCUGUCAAGUCCAGGAGUCGCAGCAAAUCACGGAAGGACAAAACAUCCCGGAGCCCCCUGAGAUCUACCACUCUGGAGAGCAAUGUGAAGAAGAGCAGUCGAGUAGAAUUCAGAGAUCCAUUAGCUGCAUAUAGGGAAGUGGAUGUCAGGGUCCCAUCUUAUCUGACUGCGAGCCAGCUGGAAGCUCAACGCCUCCUUUCUGAACUUAACUCCAGCGAAGUGCGAGGGAAGGAGAGUGAAAUCAACCACAUGAUAUACGAGCGAGACAACCGGAAUUACCACUGUUUGGAUGAUGAGAGCACACGCUCGACAGCAGUGGACGACACUGAGGUGAAAUAUCUCAACGAUCGCUCUGCACUUGAUGCCCUACACAACUCCAAUGCACUUUACAAAACUCUCGGCCGAGGUGCUCUGGGACAGAAAGUUGGUACCACCAAAGGCACCCACUCUAAGAUUGCAAGCUACGAGUCUGACACAAAGAGUGAUUGGCCUUCUGAGCAGUCUCAGCUGUCCUCCCCAAGUUCCACGCCUGAGUCAGUGAUGCAGAAACUGGAGAUGAUGCGUAGGAAGCAGCAUGACGACAAGCUCGAGAAGCUGAAGGAGCGAAUCAGGAAGCAGCGGGAGCAGUCGGAGGAAUCUGCCGAGAGGGACCGGAUGCUAAACUUCUCUGAGUUGCCUGCAGUGCCUGCUGUAGAUACUGCAGUUUCUACUACCAAAGUGAGAAAGGUUGCUGCAGCACCACCUGCGCCAUCGUACAAAGGUUUCAACCCCAUGGAGACGAAAAUCCGAACACCUGAUGGCAAAGUGUGGCGUGAGGAUGAAUUACACAGUGUCAGCAGAGACCUGUAUCGGGACUUCACACUCCAGUUAGCGGAGAGCAGUAAGAUGAAGGAAGCUGCAUGUGAAAAAACCAAAGAGAAGAGAAUCACUAAACCAGUGCGGAAAGUGCAGAAAAUAGCUCGAUCACCGAGCCCUGACAAUAAACCAAGUGCCCAUGUUAUCAGCACAGCCUCCUGGCGUGAAGGUCAGAAGCUGGUGAAGAUGGUUCUGGGACCUGCACCUAAGACAGUGAAGGAAAAUGGGGUGGCUCCCAGCCCAAGAGCUGGGAGAGAGAGGAAUGAAAGGCCAAGUUAUCUUUAUGCACUUCCUACAGGGAAUUGCACAAGAGCAGACUCUGACACCAGGAUUGAAACUUCUAGGAAGUUGAGGCCCAGAAGUUCUGAGCGGCAGAGAGCUGAGCAGCAGCCAGAGACUGACCGGAGAAAGGAGGAGAAGCAGAAUGAGCUGGAUAUGCUGAAUACGCAUGUGCUGCCAGUGGAAGUACGAGGGAUCCUCGAUGACCUUCAGCUCAAGGCAUCCCCUCGAGAUCCAGAAGAGAAGGUGGGUUUGGAAGAUGGUAAGAAGCCGACUGGAGGCCGGGCCUCUUCGAGAAGUGUAAGCCCAGUUAAAAGGAAGCAGGAGAAGCCCAACCUGAGUACAGAAAUGCAGCUGAAACGGCUGCGGCACUAUGAUGCCGAGGAGGUGCGCCAAUACAUUGCUCGGCAGCAGGUAGAGAGGAAGAAGAGGCAGACAGAGGAGAAGAAAGCCCAGAAGGAAGCACUGGAACAAAAGAACAAACGCCUGCAGGAGCUCUACAGGAAGCAAAAAGAAGCCUUCUCAAAGCCCAGGCCGGAAGCCGUGUGCCAGAAACGUUUCCAGGAGACGUUCUCGAAAUAUGUGUCAGAGCCGGUAAAGGUCGAUGACCCGCCUCACCACCAGGCAGCCCAGGAGGAGAGACAGUCAAGGACUGUCUACCAGCCUUCAGGGGAGUCUGAUAAAGAAAACAAAGGUCAGGAGCGGCCCCUUAGCGCCUCGUCGAGUAGCGACAUGUCUCUGUCUGAGCCUUCACAUCCUGCAGGCAGAAAUGACCAUUUAGACUCCUGGAUGCCGGCUCAUCGACUCAACCAUGCAGUUCAGCCAGCACUACCUCACAGUGCAGGCAACCUUUUCUUGCACCCACCAAAUCUGGAACCUCGAGGUUUGUUGCCAAAGGAUUUGGAAGCAGUGGCAAAUAGGAAGGAAUCUCCGUCGAAAGGGCAGGUGUUUUCUCUGCAAUACCCAUCCUCCGGCUCCUCACCAUAUGACUACACAGCAGGGGCACAAAAGGCCACAGCCCCGCACAAAAGCAGAUUAGACCGCAUUGAGGCACUGAAGGCAAUGGCGGCCUCCCUCUCCAACCGGAUUGAGAGUGGAGCCAAAAGACUUGCAGGCGCAGGCAUCAACUAUGGAGCUGCGCAGAGCUCAGAGCACGAUGUGCUCCAGACUGCAUGGGACGAUGGACGCUGGGCAAAGCCUGCCAGUCCUCCUGUCCAUGACAGCGGUGAGGAUGACAUCUCUCCCAGAAUUCGGCGAAUCCGAGGAGCCAGCGUAGGCCACACAACCUACGAGGAUCAGCUGCCGGGAGUCUGCAAUCUGUAUGAAUACAAAAAGGUUGGCGAGUCAACCCGUUGCCAAGCCUCUGCAGCGGCGGUGGCCACAGAGGUCAGGACUUCAGGGACUGACAGGUACCAAGAAGUGAGCUGGGAAAACACUUACAAGAGGUCACUUGAGGCCCUGGAGCAAGACCUGCAAAAGCUCAGCAGGGAGAGGAAUCCAUUUGAUUCCCCCCAUUCUAGUGGGGGGUCGAUCAGUGAAGGGCCACUACUGAGUGAAGGAAGCCUCUCUGAGGAGGAUGGUCUACCAAGCUGUAGAGACCCCAUCAAAUUAACGGAAAAGUUAAGGGAUAAGGAAUUCUGUGCAGGAGAAUCAAGCAUCUCCAGGCCAGUUGCAGAAUUCCAAAAAGAAGCAGAGAAGUACCAGCCCCUGCAACUACAUCCAGAGGGAGGCAAGAACAGAGCACCAUGGGAAGAGCUAACCAAGGGAAGUCCUCACAGUGUGAUUAACAUCUUUGCAAAGAGUUACCAGUUCUAUGGAAAAGGAGGUUUGGAGGACGAGUCUGACAGAGGCUCACCAACGCUGCAGCCCCUGUUGUCUGCAGCAAGCUCUGAAGAAGUAGCUCCAUAUGAAGAUGAUUUCCUCUCCUCCCAGAGCAGCACAAGUUUGAACAGGAAGAUUCCAUCAUACCAAAGCAGUGCCAGCAGUCCAUCCAAUGCCCAGGGAGAGCUUCCCAGCAAAAGAUCUCAUGAUGGAAGGCUCGGCGAGAUAUCCCAGCGGUUCUCAGGACAGCGUUCCACUACCUCCUCCCGAUCCUCAGGCUCUUCAGGAAAGAAAAUGAAAAUGGAUGCUUUGGCAGGUGCUGAUGUUGCUGGGAGUGUGCGGCAUUCUCCUGUGGAUGAUGUGACCUGGGCAUCUGCCAGUAUUUCAGAGCGGAGCUCCCCUGAGGGAAGGAUACCAGGCCUGGGUCAAGGCUUAGCCGUAGAUCUUGAGCAAAUGAAAGACGCAAACGACUCUGUGGAAGAACCAAUCAUUCAUUCCCCAACUAGUGUCCAAGUGGAGGCAUCGAAGCACAAAAAAGCCCCAGGCUCUUUGUCCUUUCAGUCUACUGUCAGCACUGUGUCUCAGAGGCCUUUUCAGAAUGACAUGACGACAGCAUCAGGAGAUGGGACAAGACAGCUGGCCACUACUGCCUUCACACCUUCACCUUCUCUAACCUACAGACCGCAAAUUGCUGACGCCAGUGUUACAGCAGCCAGACCCCCUACAUCCUCAGCUGCAGCCUCCAUGUUCAGCUCUCCCCUAAGUCUCCAACAUCGUAUGACCGCUGAACUCACUUAUUUGGAUGCCAUAGAGGAGUCUGUCCGACAGCUCUCAGAGAUAGACAGGACCCGGGGGAUUGCGCUUGCUCAACAGGAGACCGUGUCGUUGGCUCAGAUCCUAAAGGCCCAGCAACAGAGACAUGCGCAUGACAUAGCCCUGCUGAAGCUGAAGGCUGAACAGGAAACGGUGGCAAGUCAGAGACAGCUAGAGGAGACCAGACAGAAAGCUGCACAGGCACAUGCAGAGAGUCUGCAACAGUUUGCACAGACGCGCCAAGAGAUGCUGCAAGAAUCCACAAGUAAAAUGAUGACUCAACAGGUGGAAGCUGCUCGGCUGGCUGCAGACACAGUACGACAAGUUAAAGAGGUACACAGAACCUCUCUCAGCACCCCACUCAACAAGAGGACCUAUUCCCCCAAUCAAGUUGAAAACCUAGCACAGAUGACUGAGUUGGCGUGUGCGCAGAUUACAGCAGGAUCUCCGACUGUUGUGGCCACGAACCUAUCUCGUGGAGCAGCUGCAGUGCCAGUGACUGCGCUGUUGGACCAACAGAGACAACAGCAUUCGGAUUUUAUGAAGCAGCUGAGAGCCAGGACUGAACCUGACAGCAGAAAGAAUGAGUGCAGCCCAGCUGGACCUGUGGAGAAGCUGUCUGAUUCGAAAAUUCAUUACUCUGCUUCAUUAGACAGCCUGACUGAGUCAUCGAGAUGCAAACAUCAUGAUCGAAGCAGUGGCAGCAGCAGACAAGACAGCCCCUCCUUACCCUCCUUGGAGAAAAGAGCAGAGAGCAGAACCUCCCGUCAAGAAAAAGGAAAUAGCUCUAUUGAAGAGGAGGUGCACACAGCAGCUGACGACUCGAUCCACAGUGACAGUGUGCCUUCAUUACCUGAUGAGAAAGACUCCGCCUCCGUUGUCACUGAGUACUCCCUUAAGUUUGAUGAGUCGAUGACCGAAGACGAGAUUGAAGAGAAAUCCUUCCGUUCCCUGCUGCCAUCAGAGAGCCACCGCCGCUUUAACAUGGAGAGGAAACGCAGCCGGCAGGAUGAUUCAGACGAAGACAUGGCUCGGGAUCAGUCUGCCUCAACAGCUGUCAAACAUGAUUUGAGCAUGCCUUUCUCCGGGGGACAGGACAGUUUCUCCAAAUUCACCAUGGAGAUGGUGCGACAGUACAUGAAAGAAGAGGAGAUGCGUGCCCAGCACCAGGUGUCGCUCCUCAAGCUGCGAGAACGAGCCUUGAAGGAAAAGACCAAAGCAGAGCUGGCCUGGCUGGAGCACCAGAAGAAACGCCUGAGAGACAAAGGAGAAGAUGACAAGAUGCCACCCAUCCGUAAGCGACAGCGUGGGUUGCUUCUCAGGCUGCAGCAGGAGCAGGCUGAAAUCAAACGUCUCCAAGAAGCCAAUAGGGCUGCUCGCAAGGAGAGGCAGCUGAUCCUGAAACAGCAGGAGGAGAUCCAGCGCAUGCGCCAGACCACCAUCAAAAUUCAGGAGAAACUCAAAUCGGCUGGAGAGAGCAAGCUGGAGCAGCGGAACACAGAACAACUCGAGAUAGAGAAUGUUUCUAAAGUGAGCCACGUUUCCAGCCCUUUGCAGACAGAUGUGGAGACAAGGAGCCCCUCCCCUAUUUCUAUCUCGGGGAGUGAGACCAGCAGCAUCAUGCAAAAACUAAAGAAGAUGCGCAGCCACAUGGAUGAAAAGUUCCUCACUAAGCGGGAGCAGAAACUGAUGCAUCGGCGACGAUAUGCAGAGGAGCUGCUCGAGUGGAAACGGCGGCUCGAUGCUGAGGAAGCUGAGAUCCGCCGAAUGGAAAAGCAGGCCCUGGCUGCUUGGGACAAGGAGCUCAAACAAAAAGUGGCAAAGAGAGAGGCGAGCGAAAGAAGCCCAGGAUCUAAGGACACAGCCAGUGAGGAAGAAUGCCCUGCACCAUCUUGCUCCCAGCCCCACAGUGACAGCUCUAUUCCAGAGGAGGUUGCAAGUCCGCCUGCACAGACUGUGGAACCAGCAUCAGUAGUCCUUAGGAUGUCCACCAGUCCUGACCAUAGUGUUUUCACAGAUGAUGGUUAUUCCCAGGACUUUGAAUCUGUGGCAACACUCAGCAAACAGUCUCCUCCCUCAAAAGUGACUGUCAGUACAUCGAAGCAAGAUGGUCAGAAAAGCAGCUCCAGCCUCGGUAUACACAUCAGGCCUGUACUAAAAUUCCGUCAAGCAUCCAGCAGCUGGUCUGAUGAAUCUGUUUCUGUGACGCAGUCAGAAACGACGUCAGAUCAGAGUGAUAUUGAGAGCAGGAUCCGUGCACUGAAGGAUGAGCUUAGGAAGCGCAAGUCCAUUGUGGACAAGCUGAAGAAAGAGCAGAAGAAACGUCAAAAGGAGAGAUUGAAAGCACAGGAGGCUAGCCUCAUCAAACAACUUGAGUCUUAUGACGAAUUUAUUAAGAAGACCCAGGCUGAACUAAGUAAAGACCUUGAUGUGGCUAGCUCAACCAAACCACAGAUCAAAACCCUGCACUCCACUGCUGCUGAGAAGCCCAAGAUUAAACCGCCCUCUUUGCAGAGGUCUGAGUCUGCAAAGAAUUGGAAAGUCCUUACUGAGGGUGAAAUAUCCAGAGCAUCACUGGGCUCCAUUGCCAAGCAGGACCAAAGAUCAUCGAGUCCAAAUGGACAGAUAUCCAACUUGCUCAGCGAACUACAGUCAUCAGAUCAAAGCAAGUCUGCAGUCUUUGAUAGUCGAGUUGAUGAGUCCUCUAGAAGCCCUUCUCCAGUUUUCAAAUCUCAUGUGAGAUCUCAACCAGACUUUGUUGAGAAGCUAGAUAACUUGCCAGCAUUCCCCCAUCAAAAGGGAGCUCUUGAAUGUGGUCGUUUGCCAGAUCAGUUGGCCAUUAGGUCUGAAGAUGGUUCUGGUGAUGAAAGUGUUGUGUCCAGUCAUCGAUCCAUGCAAGAUGAUGUCCAGGAGGAACUUGAAAAUAUAAAGUCAGAAGAGUCUGAUGUAGAUGACGUGCUUGGCCCCUCUCAGCAGUCCGAUAAGUCUGAGCCUUUACUGAAACUAGACAGUGAAAAACCACAGCCCCUCGACAUCUCUGAGCUUAUCGAGGGAUUGACUCAGCGAAGCACCGUCCUAUCUGAUAACACAGAACAGCCUUUUGUGGCCGCGCAUGUUGAAAAGAAGUUUGAGGAUUUGAAGGGUGAAGAAUGCGACUUGCACAAGGAAGGCCGUACUGAUGAGGAAGAUGGAAUGAUUGAUCUUUCAGCUAGUUCUGUGAAAAUUGUUAAAUCAGUUAAGUCAGACACCUUGGUUGGAUCUGAGAGUUCUCACCAUAGGGCUUUGGAUAAAACACCACAAAAGAAUGAUUCCUAUCCUCAAGAUUUUGAGCGCCUAUCCCUGGGCAAGGAGACAUCUUACUCAGAAGAUUUUGAGUCAUCGCCAAGAAAGGAGGCAUCUGAAGAUAUGGAUGAAAGUUCACGUGCUGGGAGUUAUAAAGCUGACUCCAAAUCUGUAGGGGUCCUUUCACCAAGAAACAAGGUUACUUAUGAUGAAAAUGUCACUGAGCCCCAAAUGCUCUCCUAUGCUGAAUGUUCCAAGCAGGAGGAAAUUAGUGAAGGGGAGAAGCCUUCUCGAAGUGUCUCCCCAAGCAGCAGCGUAGAUGAUGAAAUCAGUGAGCGGUUGAGUGAGAAAUCCUUUUCCAGCUGUGGUAGCAUACAUUCAGAACAACUUCUGGAUUUGAAAUCACCAACUGAGAAGUGCAGAACUGAGGAGCCAAGUGAUGCCAGCAAUGAACAGACACCUGUGCCAUCGCACUCUCCCUCCCCGUGUCACACUCCAAUGCCUACAUCGCGUGAAACCGAUGAGCUGCCCGAAUUCCAAAUUGGUGCCAGAGUUUUAGUUAGUAGCAUCCAACCAGGGACACUUCGCUUCAAGGGAAGAACAAACUUUGCCAAUGGCUUUUGGGCUGGUGUGGAGCUGGAUACACCAGAAGGCAGUAAUAAUGGCACAUAUGAUGAAGUUGAGUACUUCAGAUGCAAGGACAAACAUGGCAUCUUUGCUCCUCCCCACAAGAUUUCCCUUCUACCUGAGCAUUAUGAGAAUGUCAUCGAUACAACGGAAGAUGAAGGUGAGCUGUUCUUAGAAGAUAAAUUAGAUCAAGAGUACAAAACAUGCAGCGGGGAUGAGGAAAGACCAGAGCUUUCAAAAGAAGAAAGCAAACUGCAGGAAGGAGAGUCGGAUUUAAGUGAAACCCCUAUUGAUCAAGUGGAUUUUAAGCUGACUGUUUUUGAAAACAACUUAAAUGACCAACAUGCAAGAAAUCCUUUUUCUGAACCUAAUACCAUUGAAUUUCUGCGUAUUAUCAAUGAAUCUGGUAAAGCAGUGGAGUCUUUUGUUUGUGAUCAGAAUUUAGAGGAGUAUUUGCCCAAGUUGGGUGAGGAGGAACAAUUGGCAAAUUUGAGCAAAGACCAGGGUGAAGAAAAUUUUAACCCACCUGACGUGCCCCUAGAGAAGGCAUCCACAAUUGUGCUGGAGGCGGCCACUGAUUUUGUCACAGAGUUCUCUGUGUGUUCUUCCGGUGAAACAAAGGAGGAAUUUUCACCUGCUAUCCAUGAGAAGACUUCAACUCCUCUCUUGGAUUUACUGAACAGGGAAAAGGAACAACUUGAGGCCCAGAUAAGAAUACCAAACCUCGAGCCUGAAUCUGAGGAAAUAUAUGAGGAGAGUGAGGACUUUAAAGGAGAGGAAGUAAAGAACCAUCAUGAAGACAGUGAGGAUUAUAAAGGAGAUGAUUUGAAGAGCAAUGAGACAAAAGCCAGCUCAUUGGCUGAUAUUAUCCUGUCUUCCUAUGUCAAGGACACUGUCAAUCAAUUGCAGCAACUCAAGAAGUCUCGAGAUGUGAAGAUCCAUCUUACUAACCAAGAGUUGCAGUUCAAAUCGGAUGUUGAAUCCUCACCUAGGUCAUCUCCCAAGGGUCUGGAGAUACAAAAUGAGGAUGUUGUCCAACAGCAGACAUCUGCUGAAAGGGAUGACAGUGAUGAGGAUAAGGAGGAAGUAUUAUCUCCAGAUCUUUGUCCUAGACCUGGCAGUCCAGUGUUUGGCACAAGUGGGCAGGAGGAAUUGGCCAAGCGCCUGGCAGAGCUGGAAUUGAGCCGUGAACUACUCGAUGACCUGGGAGAGGACCAAGACUGGUUUGACGAGGACUUUGGACUGAGCUGUCAUAAAGCGCAGCAGCCAGUCCAGGAGCCCCUGCCGCCAAAAACUGUACCUCAGAAAAUCCACGAGGAGCCCUACUUUGCUGUACCUCAUGAUGCAUUCGAGGUUGAGAAGUUAGUCCAUGCAGCAGCCGAGGAGCUGUGGAAGUGGCAGGAACUCGGCCAUGAUCUGCGAGAUGUGCAAAUACCCCCAGACUAUCUUGGGAAUAAUAAAGGGCAAGAUGUAGAGAGCGUCAGCAAAAGAGUUUAUUGUGAGGCUGUAUUUAAUUUGACUAGAGAGAUUUUUACUGAGAUUUUUGCCGAAGACCCCAACGCCAGCCAGCCGCCGUGGAUGAAGCCCAGCAGGAUUAGCUCUGCUUAUUUCAGACGAGUGAGGAACCCACAGGAUUUUAAUGAAGUGAAGACCUUCAUUUCUGAUGAGGUCCUGAAGCUGUUUGGAUUCAGCAAAGAACAAAACCACAAGACAGACUGGCAGAAGAUGAUGAAAUUUGGUAGGAAGAAACGUGAUCGAGUGGACCACAUUCUGGUCCAGGAGCUUCAUGAGGAAGAAUCCCAAUGGGUGAAUUAUGACGAGGAUGAGCUUUGUGUGAAGAUGCAGUUGGCAGAUGGGAUUUUCGAUGCCCUGAUAAAAGACACAAUAAACGUGCUGAAUCAGAUUCAGGGGAAACAGUCAAAACUCACAUUAUCCUAACACGGGCCAUGCCAUCGCCUGACCUGUGGACUACAGAAAGGAGGCCAAGCCUCAGCUUCCUCGGGCAAGAGAGUUGGUGAGCUGAGGGGAGUCGUCCUUCAGCCCCUGAACCCAUCCCACCGAUUGGGCUGUGACAUCUGGCAUGGUGUUUCCUCAAUGUGUAGAUGGUUUGGGACAUCAAUCCUGUUCCAGAGUCGGUCGACAGGCAACAUGUGGAUACCAGAAGUGCCAAUUUUUUCCCUUCCUAUUUAUAUACACCCUUAAUCCCAUUUAUUUAUCCAAACUGUAGCAUAGACUUGAAUUCAGAGAAGUUUGCACAUUCAAUUUUUUUUCUCGCAUUUACGCCUAUGUUUACGUUUUUAGAAAUCUGUGUAUCUUGAGGUGCUUUGGUAUCUGUGUUUGGUGUACGCUAGCUCUGAGAGUUGAAUUUAACAAUGGCUGAUAUCAUACAUUGAAUGAGCACUACCUCUGAGCUAGGAGUAUAUCUGCAUGAUUGAAGCAGAGAACAAAAAGAUUGAGAUGGAAAAAAUGCUUCUCACUUUGUCACGUGAACUCUUGAUUUUAAUUUUUGGUUUUAAGUUAUUUCGGAAAGAGGAAAUUUGCUUUUUACUCAAAUGAGCUCUGUUGUUGACUUUCAUUCUUGGGGAAAUGUCGCAUACUUUGAGUGGCUUUGGAGAUCACUCUAGUUGAUUCGGGAACUUUUUUCUAAAAAUAACAUGAUAAUUCAGGUCACAACACCCUCGUUUCUUGAAGUUGAUCAGCGCAGUGCUUGUGUUCUUUGCAUUCAUUCAUACUCUGUGUACCAAUGGUAAACCAUUGGCAUUUGAAGGUAAAUCCCUGAAAUGUCUGUCCAUGUAAAGGCUUCUGAUUAGAAGUCACGUAGUGAUAACCAAUCUACGUUUAUAAGACAGCCUCUCUCAGAUGGCAGUCUCUUUCCCCCUGCCACCCAUUGGUUGUACUAACUGUUAUUGCUGUCCAAGUGUGUGUCCUAAUGUCCUGCCAUAUCUUCAAUCAGGUUUUUGAGUAACCCUCCUACUUGUAUCAGCUCCUGGGGGCUCCUUUAGGCAAUCAUUAAAAAUUAGCUAAGUUGGAUCUCUAGUUGUCUUCCCUGAGCUACUUGCCCAACCUAACCACCUACAGUAAAGCCCCCUGAUCUCACUGUACUGAGGUAAGCCCUUGGCACCGUGCCACUUUGCCCAUGAUCCAUAAUAUGGGUAUUAGUGGAAAGCUGUGGUAAAUUGCUUUUCAUGUUACCAUCCUCUUGUAUGCCCACUCUACCACUCUGCAGUUGUGGGGAGGUUUCUUAUCUAUUGUAUUGGCCUGACUUGUUCAUGUAUUUGAUUUUGGCAUGCCAGUACGUGAAAAUAAUCUCUCUGCUUGACAGAGGGCACAAGAUGACUAAGAAAUGCCAGUUAUAACUUGUGGUUUUCUCUUCUCAGCCUCUCACUGCAGCAAAACUCACUCCCAAACACAAGUCCUGGCUGAUUUUUCCCCCCCAUGGAGUCAGACACUUCUCUUGAACAAUUAUGGUACAGCAACUCACCAAUAUGUAGGGAAUCAAACCAGAACCUUCAGCUCAGUGGAUUGUUUUCAGGCACUCCACUCACUGGAGGAUGUUAAUGAUUUUAACAAGCUGCUAUAUGUUACACACUGUUAAUUUUUGUGCAAAGUAAAUUUGUCGGACUUGGGACAUUGAAUUCAGGCAAGCAAAUGUUUUCUCCUCCUUUCCUUCAGCUCCCCCUUCGACACCCAUAUUGUACUGACUGGUUACAGAUCACUAUAAUGUUUACUGGCGAUCAACAUGUUGUGAGAAUCAAAGCACAGCAAUUGGCCAGAUCCGAGCCACAUGUUUCCAGCUGUAAAUUGGAGUGUACCCUCUGGAGGAGUAGGAGUUCUCUGUUAAUGGGGAGAAUACAAUGUAAAGGAGGACCAUUUUCCCCUGAGCAACUGGUUGGGAAUUUGUGAAUUGGGAAGAAGUUUCUCAGAGGUGUAUCAUCAGCACCACAGUGAUUAUGUAGCCUUUAACUCUAUAGGUGUGUAAUGAAAGCUUUGGUGAAAGAUGUCAGCUGAACAGAGGGAAGCCUCCCCAUUGAUGUGAGGUAUUCAUAAAACAAUUGUGAGGGAUUAGUCUGGUUGGUAGUGAAUGCAUAAACACCUUUAGCCAUGCUGCUACUUGGCAAGCAGGCCAUUUCUCUUUCCCUGUAUCUUGGUUCUCUCCUGUUCAUUGCAAAAUAUUAGCCAGAUAUUUACUUGUUGGAUUAAUGUGGUCAACCUCAGACCAUUGCCUUAACCCACAUUGGCUACAAUACUGGUAGUUGGUCAAGGAUUGCUAGGUUGACAAUUGGCCUCUAUUGGAAUGAAGGUUAUUUCACCGUGAUUCUAGAUAAGACCGCACCUUGGUCUCUCUCUCCCUUAUAAUUAGCAGUGUACCAAAGGAGCUGGGUCAGCACUGCAGACAUGCUUCCUGCCAAAUUGGUUGCCACUAAGCAGGAGUCCUACCUUCACAUACUGAUGAGGCAGCACAGAAUGCUGGCUCAGCACACUGUUCCUUCAGAUACAGGGCAAAACACAAACUGCAGCAUCUAAGCCAAGCACUGACAAACACAACUUGUUAAGUAGUUGGUGUUCUAAUCCUCAGCCUGUUCAGGGAUGUCGUGACCAGUUUAUCCACAGGGCUUGAGUUCAAAAUGGUUGCCUUAGCUACUUGUAUACUUGAGAAAGCCAGUACUGUGUUGUUCAGCACUCGUGCUCGGUUGUUCGACAACACGGAAAACGAUAAUGAAACCUAUUUAUUAAGAACUUGAAGUUCAAUUGCUGCUGUGCUCAGUGCUGUAGUGGACUGGUCUCCCCAUUACAUUAUGCCCAGUCUCUCAUAAUAUACUGGGUAGACAAAUACAAGGAGACUUGCCUAUGUGUACUGUACAGUGCAGAGCUACACAGAGGAAUACUUGACUGUGUACUUUGUAUAGUGUGUGUGUGUAAAUACUGGCUGAGCAUUCCUGUAUGAGGCAAUUCCUUUCCCUUUUGUAAUUUUUAGGGAAGGGGUAAUGUGUGUAGUUUGGAAAUGUAAAAUAAUUGGGUUUUUCCUCUGUAUACAUAUCUGUAUAUAUAUAUUUGAUAACAUAUUGACUUAUUAAUACGUAAGAAUUUUGUAAAUAAACCUUUACUGAUUUA